AACUAGGCGACCUUGGAGAUAUGGCACCGCAGUUCUAGCAGAAGCCGCUUAGCAGCUGAUUCUGCAAUCUUGCUCUCUUUCAAGUUCUGUUGCCCCGAUCAAAAAUGUCUGCUGUGCGACUUCUCCGCUCUGUUCAGGGCAUUCCUGGCCUGACCUUCAGCAGAAGCUACAGUGCUGCAGCACCAACUACCAAGCUUUUCAUCAAUGGAAAGUUUGUGGAGAGCAAAGCCAAAGAGUUUAUUGAUGUCCACAACCCAGCAACAAAUGAGGUUGUCACCAGAGUUCCCAAAGCGACACAGGAGGAGAUGCUGUCUGCUGUUGAUGCUGCCAAAGAAGCCUUUAGUACAUGGUCCAAAGCAUCUAUUCUCACACGCCAGCAAGUAAUGUUCAAGUACCAACAAUACAUCAGAGAUAAUAUUCAUCUCAUUGAAUUGGCUAAAAUAAUUACACUAGAACAGGGGACAUUAGCAGAUGCUGAGGGAGACGUCUUGCGAGGCCUACAGGUUGUUGAACACUGCUGCAGUAUUACAAGCUUACAGUUGGGAGAAACGCUGCCAGGAAUUGCUCGUGACAUCGAUACCCACUCCUACCGUAUUCCCUUAGGCGUUUGUGCUGGCAUUGCACCAUUCAACUUCCCAGCAAUGAUACCGCUAUGGAUGUUCCCUGUUGCCUUGGUUUGUGGAAAUACUUAUGUGUUUAAGCCCUCUGAACGUGUCCCAGGUUGUUCAAUGAUGUUAAUGGAGAUGCUCAGGGAUUCAGGCUGUCCCGAUGGUGUUGUUAACGUCAUUCAUGGAUCACAUGCUGCUGUUAACUUCAUCUGUGACAACCCUGAUAUUCGUGCUAUUUCUUUCGUUGGGUCCAAUCAAGCUGGUGAAUACAUUUAUGAGAGGGGCUCAAAAAAUGGAAAGAGAGUCCAGUCUAACAUGGGUGCCAAGAACCACGGGGUGGUCAUGCCAGAUGCUAAUAAAGAAAGCACAUUGACCCAGCUGGUUGGCGCUGCCUUUGGAGCUGCCGGUCAGAGAUGCAUGGCUCUUAGCACAGCAGUAUUUGUUGGCGAAGCCAAUAAUUGGUUACCUGAAUUGGUGGAGAAGUCAAAAAAACUCAGAGUCAAUGCUGGGCAUGUGGCAGAUGCAGAUUUGGGCCCAGUUAUUUCUCCUGAAGCAAAAGAUCGCAUAUGUCAUCUAGUUCAGAAGGGAAUUGAUGAGGGAGCAAAAUGUAUCCUGGAUGGCCGUAAUGUUGUUGUACCGGGGUAUGAACACGGGAACUUUGUAGGGCCAACCAUUUUGACUGAUGUUACACCAGACAUGACUUGUUAUAGGGAAGAGAUAUUUGGACCUGUCUUAGUUACCCUCUCUGUUGAUACCUUGGAUGAAGCUAUUGAUGUUAUCAACAAAAACAUGUAUGGCAAUGGUACUGCAAUCUUCACAACUAAUGGAGCAACAGCACGUAAAUUUACUACAGACAUCGAUGUUGGUCAGGUUGGAAUCAAUGUGCCUAUCCCAGUGCCUUUACCAAUGUUUUCCUUCACCGGAUCCCGGGGCUCUUUUCGGGGAGAUGCUAAUUUCUACGGCAAAGCUGGAAUUAACUUCUACACUCAACUAAAGACAGUUACACAGAUGUGGAGAGAAGCAGAUGUAACUCCUGCUCAAUCAGCUACUGCAAUGCCAGUCAUGCGUUGAAGGCCAUACUGUGUUCCGGUUUGCCAAAAUUAAAGUUCGAAACUUUAUAUCAAGAGACCUGUAAACUUUCCAUAAGAAUAUUUGCGUUCUGUUUCCAUGAGUGAUAGCUUGGGUUAGUGUUUUGAAAGCUCUGUGUACUUAAUGAAUUGGUGCCACAUUAAUCUGAAAUAUAGUUAGAAACUAGUUUAGUACAUUCCAUUGAAUAUGAGAUUUAAAGCAUAUUUAAUAUGAAAUUUAACCUUAAAAACUGUGAAUCAAAUAUCCAAUAAGAGUGAGUAGAUAAUACUGUAGCUUCAAGCAUCUUCUUUAAAGACUUAUUUUCUUAGUUAAAUAAAUUGACUGGAUAUUUCUAAGA